UCGUCGCCAACAAAUCAUUUUUAUUUUAGCCGCCUUUACAAUUUCUGCUUUUUUGUUAUGGCUGCUGCGGAACAGGAUUUCAAUGAUUUGCUGGACAACAUUGUUUUGGCAGAAGAAAAUAUAGCGCAAGAGAGUUACCAGGAAGGCUUAGAAGUGGGUCGUGCACGUGGGGAGAAGGAAGGUUAUGAGCUAGGCUACGAGCAAGGAUUACGACUUGGCAAGGAAUUAGGUGAAAUUUACAGCAUUGUUUUGGCACAACAACAACAAAAACACACUGAAAAAGUACAACGUGCAUUGCAACAAUUACGUACAAGCAUAGACCAAUUUCCACGUGAUAAUAAUCCCGAAGCCGAUAUAAUUGGCAUGGUGGAGGAUAUACGCAAUCAAUACAAACGAGUACGUGUGUUGACGGCAGGCAAGGUUGGAAAGACAACGAAAAAAGUAGAAAACAACAGCAGUAGUGGUGGUGCGACAGAGGUGGUCAAAGAUUUUUCUUUUUAAAAAUCGAAACAACUGAUAAAAUGAGUAGCAGUCAAAUACGCGCGUGCUUGGAGGAGAUUUUACACUUCAUGCAGCCACAUUGGGAGUUUGUCAAUUGCCAUAUGGUUAGCUACUUGACAGACAAACAUUGGCAGUCUUAUGUGCCCGCAGAUAUAAAGCAUGAAGUGCCAGAUGUGGAAAGCGUACAAAA